GUGACCUUCAUCAACCGAUGAUUAUUCUCAACCAAUCACAAAGACAUUGGCACUCUUUACCUAAUCUUUGGCACAUGAGCAGGCAUAGUCGGCACAGCACUCAGCCUGUUAAUCCGCGCAGAACUAGGACAACCAGGGACCCUUUUAGGGGACGACCAAAUUUAUAAUGUAAUCGUCACAGCCCAUGCCUUCGUCAUAAUUUUCUUCAUAGUUAUACCAAUCAUGAUCGGCGGCUUCGGAAACUGACUAGUACCACUAAUAAUCGGUGCCCCGGACAUAGCAUUCCCACGAAUAAACAACAUAAGCUUCUGACUCCUCCCACCCUCCUUCCUCCUUCUACUAGCAUCCUCUACUGUAGAAGCUGGAGCUGGCACAGGAUGAACUGUCUACCCACCCCUAGCCAGCAACCUUGCCCAUGCUGGCGCCUCCGUAGACUUAGCUAUCUUCUCCCUCCACCUAGCAGGUGUCUCAUCCAUCUUAGGUGCUAUCAACUUCAUUACCACCAUCAUCAACAUAAAACCCCCUGCAUUAACACAAUACCAAACACCCUUAUUCGUAUGAUCAGUCCUCAUCACCGCCGUCCUUCUCCUCCUAUCCCUACCGGUCCUCGCCGCUGGCAUUACAAUACUCCUCACUGAUCGAAACCUCAACACCACAUUCUUCGACCCAGCUGGAGGCGGAGACCCAGUACUAUACCAGCACCUAUUCUGAUUCUUCGGCCACCCUGAAGUCUACAUCCUCAUCCUCCCAGGAUUCGGAAUUAUCUCACACGUAGUAGCAUACUACGCAGGGAAAAAAGAACCAUUCGGCUACAUAGGAAUAGUCUGAGCCAUGAUAUCCAUCGGAUUCCUAGGCUUCAUCGUAUGAGCCCACCACAUAUUCACAGUCGGGAUGGACGUAGACACCCGAGCUUACUUCACAUCUGCCACCAUAAUCAUCGCCAUCCCAACCGGCAUCAAAGUCUUCAGCUGACUAGCCACCCUGCACGGAGGAACAAUCAAAUGAGACCCUCCCAUUCUAUGAGCCCUGGGAUUCAUCUUCCUAUUCACUAUCGGAGGCCUAACAGGAAUCGUCCUUGCUAACUCAUCCCUAGACAUUGCCCUCCACGAUACCUACUAUGUUGUUGCCCACUUCCACUAUGUCCUCUCAAUGGGGGCAGUUUUUGCUAUUCUAGCAGGAUUUACCCACUGAUUCCCCCUAUUCACAGGUUUCACCCUUCACCCCUCAUGAACCAAAGCACACUUUGGAGUUAUAUUCACAGGAGUUAACCUAACCUUCUUCCCACAGCACUUUUUAGGCCUAGCUGGCAUGCCCCGACGAUACUCCGACUACCCAGACGCCUACACACUAUGAAACACCCUAUCUUCAAUCGGCUCAUUAAUCUCAAUAACAGCCGUAAUUAUGCUAAUAUUCAUCGUCUGAGAAGCAUUCUCAGCUAAGCGAAAAGUCCUCCAACCAGAACUAACCGCCACCAACAUUGAAUGAAUCCACGGCUGCCCGCCCCCAUAUCACACCUUUGAAGAACCAGCCUUUGUCCAAGUACAAGAAAGG